UUAUUUCACUCGUCAAAAUUAAUCCGUCUUAAACCAUAAUCCAAAUUAAAGCAAUGUUGUAAAAAAAUAAAAAAAACUGUUUUCAAAAACACCCGAUUGCGAUGGCGAACCAGGAUGAUGGCCUCUUCCUCCUGGAAGUGCUAGUUGAUAAAAUUAUUUAUUCAAAAAGUCCCUGUUUUUCGGACAAGGCCUUUAGGACUUGUGUCAGCGUUAAAUGUCUCGCGUGUGACCCCCUCGUACUUUGUGAAGAUGAUACCGGUGCCAGUUCCGGUCUCAACGACUCUCCGUUCAUGAAGUCAUUUAAUAGCGGGAAAUCCUGCCUUUUUUCACUUAAGCAAUCCGAUAUCUCCAGCGCAAUGAACAAGUUCGAAAUAAAAGUAUUUGUCUACAAAGAGCUUCCCUGUGGUUGUUUACCAACGAAGAUAAACCUAGGAGAAGCAACGAUUGACAUGACCAAGGAAUUCGUGCAGGCCCGUAAGAGCUUCUUGGCAGAACCUAACAACGUCAGCUAUCAAGCUUUGAAAGAUUCAUUCCAUAUAAAAGGAUCGGAUGGUGUCGAAACUGGAGAAAUUUUGAUGUUUUUGCGUAUUUCAUGUUUUGGUAAAUUAAUAGUAACAAAAUUCCGAGGCAGCGGAGGUCCUCCUGGGUUAGGCAGUGGAAUGGGAGGUCCUGGAAUUGAAGACCGAUCGUGUAACCCUCCAAGAAAAUCACACAGUCCCGGCGACCCCUGUGCAUGCGGAGCCGCGCGCGCCGCUGGCGGGGGAUCUGCGGCUGGAAGCUCACGCGGCGGUGUAGGUGGCGUCUGCGACCCAGCUCGGGAUCCCUAUUAUAGCAUGCCAUGCGAAGACCCCGACGAUCCAUGCUACUGCACUGGUCCAAAGCCAGAUCCUAAGCAGCAGAUGGCCUGCAGAAAUACACAGCAAUACUGUUUGCAUGUACCAAAAGGUGCACCGCCGGGUACGCUGCUUCACCAACAUUCAUCUGAAGAACAAAAGCUGAAAUUCGAAGUACAGAGCUGCCACAACCAAAUUGACCGUAUCAAUCAGUAUAUUAAUCGCCUGCAUCAAAAAACCGAAACUUUAGUGCUAAAAGAUUUUUACCAACAAAAUUCGUUCUCUAGCACCUCUAAAACAAGUUCAAUCACACUUUGUCCAAGUUCCAGUAUAUGCACUAUCAGGUCGAAGAGAAGCAGCGUCUGUUUUGCAAACAGCAUUAAUUACUUUUGUCAGAACAAUAACGAAAUAAAUGAUUGUACAAAGAAUAUAUCAGAUACAUUUUAUAUGCCUAAAUUUGGAAGACAGCAAACCACCGUAUAUAUGACGCUGUAUGACCAGUUCUGUCGCCAUCGCACAUCGGGAACACAGGCCACCGCAUCGAUAAAUAAAUCCUUCCAAGUCUCCACCGAGCGAUAUAUUCAAUUUCAACCCAGCUUACCUAGUCUUAGUAAAUUGAACUCCCCUUAUUCUUCAAUAACGAAUAUGCCCGACUAUAAUAUUAACAAAAAAGAACAUUCAGGGAGAAUGAACUGUACUGAAAUGUAUUUUUUUAGUAGAAAAAGUGCUAAAGACCCGAAUACAGCGGAUGACGAGGCUUGCGAGACAGAAUUAAACAGAUCGUGCAAGAGCGUGCAAGUGCAAAGUUGCAGACGUUCUACAUCUGCUCAAACUAAUAAGAGACAAGCUAGUUCCUGUUGCGCAACUGCAACAUCAAAGGCUGUGUCUAUUAAAGAACCUGACAAACAAAGAUGUUCCUCUGAAUUAGACACUAAUAACGAUAUUGGUUUAUCGGCAACUGUAUCGCAUAUUAAAAUUGCCCCUCGCCAAUCGUGCCCAUUACAUGGUACCGGCCCUUGUCAAGGACCAAACUGUAUAGCUAUGGGUUUAGGACCGUGCUCUGAUCCUUGUGCUCCAUCAAAUUGUAUUGCUCUAAAUGCUGAUAGUGGAGAACAGAAAGUCCCAAUAAAAGUGACUACUACAAAUAACCCCAGACGUGGAGUGUUUGAAUUAGUAAUUCGCAGAUUGAAUGGAGCCCCUUUGGCUAGAAACGAGUUGUUUUUGGAAUGGACUCCACCGCCCGGUCAGUCUACUUCAUGUUGUGGACCUUAUCCAAUGAUAUAUUCGCUGCCUGGACCAUGCCGGCCGUCUAAGUGUAAAAUACUUGUAUGCCGCCCAUCUAAGCCAAGAUGUUGCAAAAAGCCUUUAAGAUGUAAAUUCCCUUGUGGACCAAAAACUUCCCGCUGUGCACCUUGUGGCUUAUGUGGCAGAGUAUCUUGCCCGGGAUGUUCAGCGAAGCCUUGUUGCAGGCCUUGCCUUCCUAAGCCUUGCCGACCUAGGCCCUGCCGACCUAAGCCUUGCCGACUAAGGCCUCGCGUUAAACGUUGUAAACCCUGUAAACCCUGCAAACCCUGCAAACCCUGCAAACCCUGUAUGCCUUGCUGUCCUCCCUUCCCACCCAGUUGCACUAGCUGCACUCUGUGUUGCACUUCUGUUCAACCUCCUUGCAAGCCCUGCCGACCUUGUAAGCCUUGUAUAAGUUGUAAACCUCCAUCUUGCAAACCCUGCAGGCCGUGUUUCCCUUACAGACCUUGUGUCCCUGACUUGGCUCGACCGACAUGUAAAACUAGUAUAGUUUAUGCAGCCUGCAAACCUAAGUCUUGUAAGCCGUGUAGCCCAUGCGAUCCGUGUGGCACUCCGUGCAGUCCUUUUCCGGCCUGUUUUUCUUGUUAUCCUUGCAUUACUCCUAAAUCAUGUUUGCUUAACUUUUCUUCAAGUUGUACACUUAUUUACUCUCCCAGUAAGUCAUGUAUUCCUUGUGACGCUUCUAACACAUGCAUUUUUUCUCCGGCUCUGGUUCCUUGCAAGCCUUGUGAUCCUUGUGACCCAUGUAAGCCCAGGAAACCGUGCAAACCAUGCAAACGUUAUAAACCUUGCAGACAAUCUAGACCUUGCAAAUAUUGUAGGCCUUCCAGUCCAUGUCGACGCUGUAAACCUUGUAGACCAUGCAGUGAUGACCCUUCAUCACUUGAUAUCCCAAUGGACACUUGUAGUCCAUGUAUUCCAACCGAAUGCUGUAAAGUUUCCGAACCUUGCGAUCCUUGUGAAUCUUGCGAUCCUUGUGAUCCUUGUGAUCCUUGUGAUCCUUGUGAUCCUUGUGAUCCGUGUGAUCCUUGUAAUCCGUGCGAUCCUUGUGAUCCGUGUGAUCCUUGUAAUCCGUGCGAUCCUUGUGAUCCAUGCGGUCCUUGUGAUCCGUGCAAUCCUUGUAAACCCAAAAAGCCAGUUGGUUUCCCUUUUAAACCUUACAAAACUUGUCGCAAGCCGUGUCGAGGAAAAUGUUGCAGGCGUUGUAAGCCUUGUAGCUUAUGCAGGGUUUAUAAGUCUUGCGUGCCCUGUAAUCCUUGCAAGCCCCUUAAACCCUGUCAGCCUUAUAAGCCUUGCAAGCCUUGCAAGCCUUGCAAGCCCUGCAAGCCCUGCAAACCCUGUAAGCCCUGCAAGCCCUGCAAGCCCUGCAAGCCUUGCAGGCCCUGCAAACCAUGCAAGCCCUGUAAACCUUGCAAGCCUUGCAAUCCUUGCAAGCCUCGGAAGACUUGCAAACCAUGUGAUCCUUGUUCAUCUAUCGAAUGUUGUGAAGAAGAGCAAGGUUCCCCUGUUUGCUUGCCUUGCCCGUCCGUAUGCACCGCCGUACGCCAGUGUCCUAUAGUAAGAGGCCGCAAAGGCUGAACUGUUGUAGGUUAAUAGAUGAGCAUGGUUUAUAAUACAUGAAAUAAUCGCCCAAUAUUAGCUACCUUUUUUAAGAGCUUCUUUUAUUCUGAAAUUGGUUACACAUUCUAUUCUAUGUAAUCAAGUCCGUACGUACAAAGGCUUUCACUUGAGCUAAUAAACUAAUUUGUACUUUGUGUACCAGAUCUCAUGAUUAUUAAUUAUUAUCAUUAAGUACAUUUUCUUUUAGUUGCUUCUGCUAGUAGUAGUUGAUUGAUUGAAUGAUAAAUAUAGGUUUGACCUAAGUCUUAAAAUAAAUCAAACUGUAUCAGGUAACUAACUAUACGACUAAUCUUAUUUAGAGUCUUGUUUAAAUUUUUUACAUAUCAUUAAAACUGUAUAACUACUAAGUACUAUUCAUAUAACAUUAUGUAAUAGUUUAUCAGAUAAUGAAAAUGCGGUUAAACUAUCCCAUUGGAAUACCUACUCAAAUUAUCCCAACAGGUAACC